AUGCCUGUUGUCGACGGAUUGCCAGAAGCUAGUGACGACGACUCCAAGCCCGCCGAUAGAACAAUGACAUCCGGACUCAUCGCCAACGGCGCUACGCCCCAUGAUGCUGCCAUGCUACAGGCGCAUCGUGCUGUCGCUGACCCGCCGACGAAUUCACCUUCCCUUGUCUCAUCUCCCGCUCAGCCAGUUACCCCAAAGUCUGGCUCCAUCUCUGUCGCCGAGCUUGCGAUUCCUCUGUCAGAUGUUCACAUCCGUCGAGCUACACCCGACUCGUCGGCUCCUCCCACUGGGCCCACGAGCGCGUCCGCUGGUGCCCACGAAUUCCCUCCUGACUCUGCCUUUGUGGCACCAAAGUUCCGCCCGAUUCCAGCGACUUCGGACCACAGCGUACUAAACGCGGUCGGCCAGGGCCUGCAAGCGCCACCCGCCAUGAAGAUCCCGCCGCCCUCGUCUGCGCCCAUGUCGCGUAACGCGUCUGGCAUGGGUCCAGGUGAGCGUAUCCCGGUGCAUGCUCCUGCGCCUAUCAGCGAGCCCGUGCCCUCGGGCCGCCAGUCGCGGGCUCACUCUGUGAGCAGCAACCGUGGCGAGAAGAAGGGAUUCCUUGCCAAGAUGUUCAACGUCGAGCCCAAGGAGAGGCCGGGCGACGUGUCGCCGCCACUCACCCUAUCGUCCGACUCUAGACCGCCCUCGCGUAACCCCAGCCUCAAGCGCAAGGAAGAGCCCGUUGCUCCGUCCAUACAGCGCCGCCUCUCUGAGCGCUCGGCGUCCUCGGUCGGCGGCGAGGGUGGCGGCACAAAGUUCACGCUCAAGGACUUACUCGGUGGCAGCAAGGACGGCAAGUUGGGCCGCCGCGCUUCUGGGGGCUCUGCGCGUGGUUCAGAUCGUGGCUCCACCAAGGGCAGCGAAGGUGGCGACGGCCAUAGCACCGCCUCCUUGUUGAAGAAGUAUGGUGUCUGCGACAAGGCUGCUAUCGGCAAGGGCGCAACCGCAGUCGUCCGCCUUGCCCACAAAUGGGACCGCCGCGAAGAAAAGUUAUACGCGGUCAAAGAGUUCCGCAAGCGUCGCAAGAACGAAACAGAAAAAGACUAUGUCAAGAAGCUCACGUCCGAGUUCUGCAUCAGCUCGACGCUCCACCACAUGAACGUUGUCGAGACUGUCGACCUCGUCCAGGACGAGCAGCAGCAUUGGUGUGAGGUCAUGGAGUACUGCCCCGGUGGAGAUCUUUAUGCUGCCAUCAAGAAGGGCGGCAUGUCUUCUGCCGAGGUCGAGUGUACCUUCAAGCAGAUCCUUCACGGCAUCCAGUACCUCCACUCUAUGGGCGUCGCGCAUCGCGACAUCAAGCCGGAAAAUCUCCUGCUCGACGGUCGUGGGCACGUCAAGAUCACGGACUUUGGCGUUUCGGACGUCUUCCGCAUGUGCUGGGAGAAGAAGACGCACUUGUCCAAGGGCUUGUGCGGCUCUGAGCCGUACAUCGCGCCGGAGCUCUUUGAGCACAAGGAGUACGAUGCGCGUCUUGUCGAUGUCUGGGCGGCGGCCAUCGUCUUUUACUGCAUGCAGUUCCAAGAGCUCCCGUGGCGUGUCGCCAAGUCGUCCGACCCCACUUUCGCUACCUACCUCUCGCAGUACUACCCGUCUGGCGCGAGGCCCGAGGGCGCGCCGGCGUGCCCGCCACCGCUCAACAAUCUGAUACCGCGCGAGUGCCGCCAUGUUGUCAAGCACAUGCUCGAUCCCGACCCGAAGACGCGCUGGACUGUCGACGAGGCCCUCAAGGACAAGUGGAUGCAGUCGGUCAAGGUCUGCGUCGAGGGCGAGGUCAACGACCACACUCAUACCACAGUCGGCAUCGAUAUCGUUCGUCUCCCUUAG